UUACAUACACAGGUUCUUUAUGCCUCGCCUGUGAUCCCGGGCAGGUACGUGGGCACCGGGCAUCUUCCUUCUCUCGUCUUGAGACUCUUAAGAAAGGGGUCCUGUGCGUUGUUUUCCAUGUGACGAGGAUCCUGAGAGAUAGCUAGCAUGGGCGGGCGCGGGCGGUGUUGACGAUGGUGGCGAUAACGUGAAUCUCAAACGGAGACCGCAGAAAGGCCAGGGAUACCGACAACCCCCUCACCCCUACACACCCACACACCCCUACACACCCACACAGGACCGAUCUCCCUCAGCAUGGGCGGAAGUGUGGGCAAGGGUGGGUCGGGCAAGAGCGGCUCCUCCCUCCUGGACGCCCUUCCUUCCCUCAACGCGCCCUUACACGUCGUCAUGCUCGGCCUCGACUCGGCAGGCAAGACCACGGCGCUCUAUCGACUCAAAUUCGACCAGUACCUCAACACCGUGCCCACCAUCGGGUUCAACUGUGAGAGAAUCAAAGGAACCUCAGGAAAAUGCAAAGG